GUAUUACUUAAAAAAUAAAUAUCGAUUUUCUCGAUUAUCGAUAUCGCUUGACAAUUAUAAUAAUAAUGCAUAUGGAUAAAAAUAAAGGAUUAUAAUAUUAAACAAGUAAAGGAAUUAUAUGGUUAAUAGAAAUAAUGGAAACUGCAGCAGCUUCAAUUUUGAAACGAGCAGUGGAGAAAGAUAAAGAGGAACAAUAUACAAUGUCCCUUGUAUUAUAUCAAGAAGGUGUACAAAUACUUCUAGAUACUAUAAAAGAGACACAGGACCCAGUUAAAAACAAACAUUUUACUCUUAUGGCAUCGAAAUACUUGGAUAGAGCGGAGAAGGUAAAGCAAUUAGUUGAACAGAAGAAAACACUAGGUACAUACAGGGAAUUAAUAAAGAUUAAGGAUGGUGCAACCGGUUAUGGAUAUAAUAGUCUUUUUGGUAGAUUUUUGGAUGCUAUGGUUACAUUCAUUCAGAUAGAAGAUCCAUAUAUAAGAACGUUUCAUCAGUGUCAAAAUCUAGUAAGAAUGUGUGAGUUGGCAGUUCAAAAAUGUCAUUCUUUAUCAAAAAUAUCUCUCAUUACUACAUCUGAUCCAGAUGAUUCUAAAAAUCAAUCUAAAAGGCUUGAAGAAACGAAGCAGAGCCUACAAUCUCAUCUUGUAUCAUUUGAAAUUACGUAUUCUGAUACAUUACAUGAUAGACAAAUUAUACUUAGCAAUGGAUGGAUAAUAAAGAUAGGACGUGGUUUAGAUUAUUUUAAAGCACCUGCUGGAAAGUUUGCUUUGGGUUCUUGUGAUCUUGAAUUAAGAUCAUGUCAGGAAACUACAGUAGAUAUUUUUCAUAGUAGUCAAUUAAAUGCAAAGUAAUUAUGAAGUAAGGUAU